GCAGGAGGACAGCAGCGGAAGACAGAGCAGCGCUUUCUCUGCCGCGCUACCAAGUUAAGACAGCGCGCACUCCUUCUGCUCCUGGCACCGCGCGCAAAAGUCGCGUCUUUGUUUUUACGCACGGGGCAGAGUGGAGAGAUUUCUUUUCAGAAACUCCUAUCUCCCGCACCUGUAGUCAGUCCAUUAUAGUGGGAUUUUAUGCGGACUGGUUGUGUAAUUUUGUGUUUAAUUGGAAAGUGCAGUGGCGGGAAACUCUCCACUAUUGUCUUUUUUUUAAAUUUUUUUUUAAAAUUAUUAUUAUAUGUGUUUGUUUGUUCUGAUAGUGGACUUCCUUCUGUUGUAGCCUACUGUAGUGACGCGAUCCUUGCUCUCUAAACAUCAAGUAUGGAUCCUUUAUUCAACACCACCGAGGUGCCAAACGGGACGGUCGGCUCCAACGGCACCAACAACGGAACCGUGUACCGGAACCAGUUCGUGCAGCCGGUGUGGAGGAUCGUCCUGUGGGCGAUCGCGUACAGCUGCAUUGUCGUGGUGUCGGUGGUGGGCAAUGUGACCGUCAUCUGGAUCAUCAUGGCGCACAAACGCAUGAGGACCGUCACCAACUAUUUCCUCCUCAACCUGGCGUUCGCCGAAGUCUCCAUGUCCGCCUUCAACACGGUGAUCAACUUCGCCUACGCCGUGCACAACGAGUGGUACUUCGGACUGAUCUACUGCCGCUUCCACAACUUCUUCCCCAUCGCGGCUGUGUUCGCCAGCAUCUACUCGAUGACCGCCAUCGCCCUGGACAGGUACAUGGCCAUCAUCCACCCUCUGCAGCAGCGCAUGUCAUCCACGGAGACCAAGGUGGUGGUUGGUGUGAUCUGGGUUCUGGCUCUGCUCCUGGCCUUUCCCCAGUACUACUACUCCACCACGUACCAGCUGCCCGGCCGCGUGGUGUGCUACAUCGAGUGGCCCGAUUAUACCACGUUCGACUUCCAAAAGAUAUACCAUGUGUGUGUGGCCAUCCUGAUCUACUUCCUGCCGCUGCUGGUGAUGGGCUGUGCUUACCUCGUGGUGGGCCUGAACCUCUGGGCUAGUGAAAUCCCAGGAGACUCCUCCGACCGCUACAAGGAGCAGCUCACUGCCAAGCGCAAGGUGGUGAAGAUGAUGAUUGUGGUGGUGUGUACAUUUGCCAUCUGCUGGCUGCCCUUCCAUGUCUACUUCCUGCUGCACCAGUUCUUCCCUGAGCUCUUUGAAGAAACGUACAUCCAGCAGUUUUAUCUGGCCAUCAUGUGGCUGGCCAUGAGCUCCACCAUGUACAACCCCAUCAUUUACUGCUGCCUCAACGACAGGUUCCGUGCUGGUUUCAAACAAGCCUUCCGCUGCUGCCCCUGUGUCCCUCCAGGCUCCUAUGAAGGCCUGGAGCUGAAGUCCACUCGGUACCUGCAGACCCAGACCAGCGUUUACAAGGGAAGCCGGAUGGAGACGACCGUUUCCACUGUCCUUCAUGUCGGAGAGGACGCAGAGCAUCCCAAGGUCAAAGUCAGAGGAGGUCUUGGACCGGGAGGGGCUGCCGUUGGCGUGCAGCCACACAGUUCCACCAUGGACUUGACUUCCAACGGCUCGUCGUCAAGGAGCGUCUCCAAAACUGUAUCUGAGACGUCCAGUUUCUUCUCCAGUAACAACCUGCAGGAAUAGUCCUGCUUUUCACCAGACAGCAGUCAGAGCGCGUGAGUUUGACUGUUCACACGGUUGCUUUUUUCGUUCGAGGGAUUCGGAUGGAGUAUAGAAAGAGUGUGUGACUUUACCUGCUGGUGCCUGUCAGUUUCUGAGUGUGUUUUAAAGGAACGUUGUCCUACAGAACUGAGCACUGCCAUCACUCACAGCCCAACUGAAGAAAAAAACUAAUUCAUAAGGAUUCAUGUUUAUCGUACACUAGAGCCAAACAGCAGCAAAUCAAGAUAAGCACAUUCCAGCUUGAAGGCUAAGCAGAAGCUGAAGCUGAAACUGUCAUCUCCCUUCUUCACAGCUUCUGAUCGUCAACGUCGCUUCCUCUCAGUGCAGAAAAGAGAGGGUGGACUCACACAUUCUCAAUCACACAAGCCAUGUGACUUCACACAGUCUAUUUUGGACCGGAGCCACCGUACAGCAUGAGACGAACGUGAUUGUAGGCAGGGCCUGGCUUUAACAGAGGAACUUCUCUGAAAGACGAGAAAUUCUUCACACGUUUAGCUGAGAGACACCGCUGACGACAGGAACGCUCCGACGUUUCCACCGUGAGGAACAAAGUAUCAAUUCUGAACUUUAACAGAGAAUUUUGGCGGUUGCUGUGUGCUGUGUGUGUGUGUGUGUGUGUGUGUGUGUGUGUGUGUGUGUGUGUGCGCGUGCCACUUGAUCCAAAUGUUAAUUCUUAUCAGCCCAAGCAGGACUGCAUUGGGAAUCCACCGUGCAGAAUGUGUGUGUAUCUCCUAGAAAGAGCGCUUUAAAGAUCCCCUGUGGGCUUUUCUGAGAAGUUCUGGCAAUCAGCGCAAACACCAGCAGCGACUGGCUCAUCUUUCAUCUGUCAAAACAUUGACUUCAACAGCUAGCAGCACCGUUUCUGAAAAACACAAAGGUUUUGGGGGGGGUUUUGACGCUGGAAAAGUAACAGCAGGAUGGAUUUAACCUGAAUCCAAAAACGCAGAUCAAAGAAAACCAUAUUUCAGAAUCGAACAGAUCUAAACAACGCGUGGAGCCCUGUGAGUAACUCACCGGUUCAGAGUUCUUGGCACCCUGCUCAGUGUUUAUCGAACACUUAAUUACAGGGAUUAGAGUAGAGUGAUCUUACAGACUGUGAAGGAUUUACAGUGAGUAGUUGCUGUGUCUUUAUGUGUUUUGGCAGGAUUUCGUCUACACCUCACACUCUGUGUCUGGAGCGAAUGUCUCCUUCCUUCUCACAUCCUGUGUUUGAGUUGUAGAUGAUGAUGACUUCUGCCAUGUAGUCGUGUAUGUAAAGUGUGAUCUAGCCACCCGGGAAGGAAUAUCAGGGCCGAAAGUCUUUGAGAAUCUUUUGGACUGGAAUAUUAAACGUCCGUGGUGUGUAGCUCUUUAACAUGCAACCGUGUGCCUUGCUGCUUAGCAUAACGUCUGUGAGAGGCCAACAGGAUCACAGCCGCAGCUCAGGCUGCUGUUGUCCAGAGAAACCAGGCAGUGAGGCGAGGAGCCGCAGACACCUACCGGGACAGUCUGUUACAUCCUACAGCAUUAACACCCCCAACAUUCAUUUAUAUACACAUAGUAAUAUGACCGGUGGGUUUAGAGUUUAUGCUUUGUUGCACUGUUCUUACUCAAACUCUUAAAAAAUGGCUUUAAGGUCUAAUGUAAUAUAAUAUUAAUUGUCUGAAUGUGAUAUCUAUGGAAAAGGUUAUUACAUUUUGUUCUUUGAUUGUUUCAUUUCUCAUAAACGGUCAGUUUGAUUAA